ACUUUCUUAAAAAAUUUCUUAUCACACCGACAGUGCGAUGAAGUGAAAUUUUUGCAAUUUUUGUCUAAAAUAAUUCAAUGACUUUAAUUGUUCGAUCUUUCCGACGAUAAUUUGGUGAUCUGUUGGAUACUCUAUCGAAAUAAGCUUUCUUUAAUCAUCUAGCGGAUGUGCUUGUAGAGAUUUCGGUGUUUUCUAUUCUCAAACUUGAUCUCACAAUGUCUUGGGAUUUCAGAAGCGAAGAGGAUGUCAAAGAGUAUCUACAUAAUAUAGGAAUCGAAUAUAGAUUUGGAUGCUAUAGUGAAAAGAAACCCGAAGUAUGUCAUUUGCUGGGCAUGUAUUUCGAUGUCAUCAAGAAAAACGUCGAACAGGCGAAAAAAGUGUACAAAGUGAAUUGCGAUACUUACCGAUGGUCUCACAGUUGUUAUAAAUACGCAUAUCUCAAAGAUCAAGAGAAGAAAGAUGAGCAAAAAGACGAAGUGAUAAAUUAUUUCGAAAAAGGAUGCGAGGCUGGCUUAAAUAGAUCGUGCUAUCUUGCUGGAGUAAAAGUUGGAGCUAAAGCUGAACAAGAAACUAAUUUUACGAAUGCAUCUGCUCUUUUCAACAAAGCAAUCGAUUAUAUGUCUAAAGCGUGCGAAGAUGACUUUGGUCAAGCUUGUUUCAAUUUAAGUAGUAUAUAUUUUAAUGGCAUUCCUCAAAUAGGAAUGGCGAGAAAUUUCCAAAAAAUGUUCGAAUAUUCCGUCAAAGGUUGCGAUCGACUGCAUUUAAAUUGCUGCGUAAAUGCUGCUUUAAUGGCAGGUAAAGGAGAAGGAACAGAAAAGAAUGAAGAAUUAGCAAAGAAAUACCGCGCUAAAGCUGAAGAAUUACAUAAAGAUAUGACCGAAGAAGGGCUUAAGUUUGAAGAAGGAUUAAGAAAGUAGAGAUUGUAGUUUUUAGAAUGAAAGUUCAGAUGCUUAGAAUAUUGUUGAUAUUUUUGUUUCGAAAUAAAAAUGAAUGCGUUUACCUA